AUGGCAUCGAAAGCUGACAAACCGUAUACUCCACUGUUGAAGUCAGGUCAGCAGAAAAGCUACAAUACAAACAUCCCGAUGAGAUCCAGACUGGACACCGUGUCUUUUUCCAUCUCUCCACCUGUCUGGGCUGUCUUCUGGUUACUCGUAGUUCAAAUGCUAGAAAGAGUUGCUUACUUUGGAAUCACUUUCAACAUCACAACGUACGUGGGAGCCUACUUGGAUUUUACUAUGUCAGGUAGCGUUUCAUUGUUCGUGAUCACUACUUUUGCUGUGGGAACGAUGAGCACCAUAGCUCCAGUUUAUGGCUACCUGAGUGAUGCGAAGUUUGGUCAGUAUAAUGUUCUGGUUAGCUGCUUUGUAUCAUAUUGUAUUGGAGCUGGUCUCAUAUGUGCAUCUGCCUAUACAUACAAAUUGCAAACUAUGUAUGCAAAGGAAAACUUACCGGAAAUUCUCUAUUUCACUGGUUUAGCUCUUGUUCUUCUGUUCAGUGCUUCAGGAAUCAGGGCCACAAUUGUACCAUUUAUGUUGGAACAGUUAACAGGCGACUACCAGAAAAGCAAAUAUCUCACACAAUUUGUUAGUUGGUCAUAUUUUGCUAUUAACGUGGGAGGUGUAAUAGGUGUUCUGUUGGGAGGCUAUUUCCAAUCACUCCAUAGCCAAUCUCUUGGAUUUUUCUGGCAAUAUCUUCUUGGCUUCUGUUCAUUGUGCGUGGCUCUUGUAAUCUUGAUUGUGUUCAGGAAUAAAUUUAGAAAAGAUCGAGCACCAGGUUUUUAUGUGCCAAACAUAAAAGCUAUUUUUCAAACCGCAUUUUGUAAAGGUAAUCGGCGUCAGCACUUCAACAUUGAAACUUUGAGAUAUUUUGAACAAGAACCAGCCGAUGAAGCAGAAAAAAAUAAAAAAGAAAGACAAGAACAUAUCAGAGUACUCGCACCUAUUCUGCCUCUCAUGUGUGCUCUUUUGUUGUACUUUACAAUCCAGGCACAAGCCGAAGGUGCGUUCAUCAUGCAAGGCCAACGAAUGGAUUAUGGAGAGUUAGCAAAUAUUUCUAUUCCUACUGCUGACUUGACUGCAUCAUUCGACCCACUAGCUGUCAUCUUGUCUGUACCAGUUAUGCUGUUUUGUGUGAAGCCAUUGUAUGAACGAAUAGCAAAGACGACUCUCUAUAAUGUUGUCAUGCCUCGAAUCCGCUGGGGUAUGAUAUUAGCAUUCUUAUCAUGUGGACUGGCAACAUUUAUUGAAUCUUAUCGCAACAAUCAAAGUGACACACCACGUCAUAGAUAUUAUCACACAAAUACAUUUGCGAUUACAGAAUGUUUCUGGAAGAUUCACAUCUACCUCCAAGUGCCACAAUAUGUACUAAUGGGAAUGUCAGAAGUGUUGACUGAAGUUGGUGUCAUAGAGUUUGUGCUGACAUCAUCUCCACGUCAGUUUCGUUCCAUCACUAUUGGAUUUUACAACUGUGUCACUGGCUUGGGCAGAUAUAUCGGAGUGGCACUGCUAUCGUUUCUUCAAGCUGUCGAUCAUACAUCGACGUUUCCACCAUCGAUACAUUCAAACAAGACUAUUUAUUGCGACAUCGACAAGGAGAUGAAGUCUAAGUCUUACGUGUAUUUUAUGAUCCUCACUUGUCUCAUUGCUGCCAAUCUUGUCGGCUUGUUACUAUUUGAAACUCGAUUUCGCAAAUAUGUAAGGAUUGCUCCUCUUCCAAGAAAUUAAUUAAACCAAUGCAAAACAGGGUUUGUAACUCAUAUGUCUGAUUGUAUAGUUUAUACUCUAGCUGGUUAGUGGGUAUCAUGUUACUAUAUUGCAAUGUAUUUAUCAUCCUAUCUAUGUAAAUGGAUGUGUGAAAUUGCUAUACAUAUUAAAUGAGUAAAUUUACAAUAUAACAAU